UUCUAAAGUUUUUGGUCCAAAAUGGAACAAACCAAGACCGAACGUUCCUGUGUCUGUGGACACUUUAUAAUCGCCCAACUCCCGUCUCUUUCCGUUUUUUUUUUUUUUUACUCUCUCCAUUUUUAGGAAAAGCAUAGUCCUCCAAGGUUAGCUGUACAAAGCCGUUGUUUCCAAGCCUUCACAAAAAGAUCUGUUAAUCUGCACAUUCUAAACAACCAGUAGGCUGAACAACAAGCACGAUCGGUUAGGGUUUUGAUUGGAGUUGAAAGUGGGAAAUGGCAAAUCGAGCGAAGGAGGAUGAGAAAAAUGAGAAAACCAUUCGGAAUCUUCUCAAACUUACCGAGAAUCGAAGAUGUAUUAACUGUAACAGUUUGGGACCACAGUAUGUGUGCACAAACUUCUGGACAUUUGUUUGCACAACCUGUAGUGGAAUACAUCGGGAGUUCACACACAGAGUAAAAUCAGUAUCAAUGGCUAAAUUUACUUCACAAGAAGUUAGUGCACUUCAAGGAGCGGGAAAUAUGCGUGCGAAAGAAAUUUAUUUCAAGGAAUGGGAUCCUCAGCGUAAUCCUGCCCCUGAUAGCAGUAACAUUGAGAGACUUCGGGACUUCAUAAAGCAUGUUUAUGUGGAUCGAAGAUAUACUGGUGAGAGGAGCUUUGACAAACCCCCGAGGGUGAAUAUGGGUGAAAAUGAGGACUCCUAUGAGAACAGAAGGAUAGAUGCAUCUCGGGGUGGGUCUCGGAGCCCACCUUAUGAGGAUUCAUAUGAACGUCGUUACAGUGACAGACCUAGUCCUGGUGGAAGAAGCGAUGAAAAAAAUUACAGAAGUAGUUAUGAUGAAAGAAGUCCAGGAUAUGAUGCUGAUUAUCGAAGUCCUGCCCGUCCUGAAGUAGUGAAUGACUGGCGAAGAGAAGACAGAUUUGGAAAUGGGAGGAGAUCUGAAGAUGGUAAAAUUUCAGAUGGAAAUUCUAAAGUUGAAGGUAGAUCACCUGACCGUCAAAAGGAUCUGGAUAUGUCCAGUCCACCUACGGUCCGUCCAAUUAGAGAUAUUCUGAGGGAUAAUGUGCCUCCCCUUCGGAUUAUUGAGCCUCCAAAACCCAAUGGUGGGAGAGCUGCUGAUGUACGCACACAGAGAACUGCAUCUUCAAGUAGCAUGGCGUCAUCCAAUGGGAAUCCAGCGGAACUUAGAAGAGAGAAUUCAGGAAUUUUGAUUGAUUUUGAUGCUGUUACUGAACCUCCUGUUACUGCAGCAGUUCCACAAGCGCAACAAAUAGCUAUAGGUCAAUCUGGUUCACAGCCAACAACUUCAUCUAACAGUGAUAACUGGGCAUGUUUUGAUUCUGUCACAGAGGUGAAAGUAUCUCAAGCUCCUGCAAAUGUAAAUUCACUGGAAUCUGUUCUUUCGCAAUUGACGGUUCCAGCAACUGUACCUGGUCAUGUUGCACCCAACAGUGGUUUUCUGACUACUGAACCUGUGGGCAACAUGUCAGGAUUACCAUCUAGUAGUAUUUCACCAGUUGCAUCUCUAGGCUACAUGUCUGCAUCACCCUUUGGCAGUGUUGCUCCAUCAGCUGCACUGGUAAACAACUUUACACCAUUUCCCACUGCUGCUGCUGGCGGUGUUUCAGCAGCAGCACCUGUAGGACACACUUAUAUGUCAUCCUACGGCGGUGCAGCUCCAGCUGCACCACCAGUGAACAGCUUGAUGACAUUUCCCCCUGUUGGGCAUUCAGUAGCAGUUCCUGGGUCGACAUCGGUAUUGCCAUUCAAUCAACAUUCGCUGUUUUCUGCUACUGGUAGUCAGCCUACAGUUCAACCAUUCACUCCAUCUUUUGGUGGAGCUUCAAGCAAUCAGCCAUGGAAUUCAUCACUUGCGCCAAACACAAUAGGAAUGUCUAGUGUUACAGAUGCGCAGGCAUCUCAGGUUGUCUCAAAACCGGCCCUGGUGGUUGCUUCUGGUAUUGUAACAGAACCGUCCCCUGUGGAAGUUAGACCUAUUGGAAGAAAAGAACUGCCAAUGGAUCUAUUUGCGCCAACUUAUUCGCCUGCUAUGUCAAUUCCAGGCUGGCAAAGUGGUCCGCCCCGUGGAUUUGUGUUCACUACGCCAUAUAAUACUGCAAUGCCCAUGCCAACUUUUCAACAGUCAUUAAGAUCAACAAAUCCGUUUGAUGUCAACAAUGAAACUUCAGUUCAAGCUCCAACGUUUUCCAUGGCAUCCUUGCAAGGUGCUCUACCAAACAUGGCAGCUUCGUCGGGCUUACUGCAUACUUCCAGCCUUAAUGCUCCUUCUCCUACAUGGAUGUCGUCCCAGCUAUCUUAUCCAUCUGCAAUACCUCCCCAGGCACCAUCUUAUGCAUCAGGAUUGCCUUCAAAUGCAUACAUGGUUCAACAAGUACCCAAUAACUUGACAUCCAGGCAACAAGAUGUAGUGGGAUUUGCCAGUGGGGGAGCUGCUUUUGGCUCCUUAAGUUCAAAUCAGCAGCCGGGUGGGAUGUAUUCAGCACCUGCUACCCCAAAUACUUUCUCCUUUCUAGGAGGGAAUCCGUUUGGAUAAAAAAAGAGGAAAAAAAAAAAAGAAAAGAAAAAGAAAAUGAAAAAGCAAAGGCUUUUACUCAUUUAGGGACACAAGUGUCAUCUUAUUGAUCCCUUGGAAACUAUUGGGUGGAAAUUUUUGGUGUAGAUCAAGUUUAAAGGGCCACUGUGGAAGUUCGUUGGGUGCAUUCGCGUGCUAAGGUUCAAUCCUCCUCGUUGGCCGUGUAAAUUAGUUGGUGCUGUAAAGAGGUAGAAGAGAUGGAGUGAGCUAUUUUUAAGGGCAGGAAGCAUCUCCACGAGGAUUGAAGCAAUUUUUGUGCAGCCAUGGCGAUUAUUGGCAAAGUAUAGUGUUCCGUUGGUGAUCUUUGUGAUGUCCAUGUUGCCAUAUAGUUUGUGUAUUAUCUUUAUCUUUGGUUGAACUGUAUGAUUUUACAAUUUUCUUCAUUAUUUUGUGGGAGCUUUGUCAGUGAGUAAUUUGAUGGAACAAUACUAUUUGUAGAGCUUUGCAUUGCAAGUAUUGUUGAUAAUUAUCUUAAUUUUGUAUUUUUAUUUAAAUAAAAUAAUGUAUGGUUGUCAGCUCUUA